AUGGUCCAUUCAUCAGCAGCAGCAGCCAUCAGCGCUAUAGAGCGUGCAUGCUCGGUCCCCAGUCUUCUUGGUUCACUCUUUAUCAUUGCGACCUAUUGUUCUUCGAAGCUGUUUCAGAAACCCAUUAGUCGAAUGCUAUUUUAUGCAUCGUUUGGAAACAUGAUGAGCAAUGUCGCCACACUCAUAUCUAAUAGUUUUGUGAAUCGACCCAAUUCUGCUGGGUGUCAAACGCAAGCAUUUCUGAUCGAGACGUUUAUGUUUGCCGAUGUCUUUUGGGCUCUGGCCAUGGCGACGAAUGUAUACCUCACCUUCUACCAUCGAUUCGACGGCGUCAAGCUGCGUAAACUGGAGCCACUUCACAUCGGUCUAUGCUAUGGCAUUCCUUUUGUUAUUGGUAUUGCCUUUGUUUUCGUCAAGGACAAAGACGGUGUUCGCGCAUACGGGAAUGCGAACUUGUGGUGCUGGCUUACUGUACAAUGGGAUGCUUGGCAGCUUGCUACCUACGGACUGAUCUGGCUGAUUAUAUUCGUUGCCUUUGCGCUAUAUGUCCGCGUCGGAGUGACCAUCUAUAAAUGGAGACAGCGCUUACAUGGUUUCUCAUACUCGAACGAUCGAACCAAUCUAUCGCAAGUCCCACCACCGACUUCAGAUCUUUCCGGUAUCGCCAAAACCACCGAUAUAACUAUUACAACAUUGGAUUCUCCGCCAUCUGCUCCUGGACAGUCUCUUCGACCUGCGACUAGACCCGACCCAGUCCACUCAGCAGACAUUUACGCUGGCCCUGCACCACCCGUCGCACCCCCCUCCGAACAACCCAACACGAAGACCAAGAACUCGGAUCGAAGUAAACGCAGCCCGAGCGAUGAGGCAGCUAUGUCAUAUGCCAAGACAGCCCUUUUAUUCUUCGCAGCGAUGCUUAUUACAUGGAUUCCCGCGAGCGCCAACCGUCUGUAUAUUCUUAUUGACGGUAAAGCAUCUGUGCAGUUGGGAUAUGUCAGUGCCUUUACACUCCCUCUACAGGGCUUCUGGAAUGCUUUGAUCUACUACUAUACUUCAAGAGCGGCGUGUAAGCAGGUCAUUGCUAGUAUGAGGACUGGGCGACAUCGUCUAGAGGAAAACGAACCCAAUGGAUCCAGCUUUGCUGAUGGCAUAAAUGUUACCAAUGGGAGUAGUUUUCAACUGGACGAAAUGAAAACUGCCAAGACGAAGUAUGAUGUUGGGGAUACAUCGAGCACGACAUCUUUAACAGAGAGGGUUUGA